AUGUCUCGUACAGCUAAACCCUUCAAUAUAUUCAACGGAAACGGCCCUCGCUGGAUCCUCCUCGCGGUCAACAUUGCGCUAUGGCUCGUUCUUACACGUUCCCAACGUUCGAACUCACCAAUGGAACUACACUCUCCUCCCAAGCGUUCUCUACAGGAGCGUACAAGUACAUCGACUGAUCCGUGCAAGCCAUACUUCCCUGGCAAGCUACUUCAGGUGGAACCGACAAACGCAGAGGACCAAACUCUCAAGGGAGCGUUGCAAAAAGUCGACCAACUCAUUUCCAACGCUGUCUCUUCUCAUGCGAGCGUAGACAGCGUGACAAUUGGCAUUGUUUCUGCCAAGGGAACGAUUUGGUCCAAGGGCUAUGGACGACGCAAUGCCAACAGCACCGACACGACACCUCCAGACGAGGAUACCAUUUACCGCAUUGGAUCUGGCUCAAAGCUAUUUGCCGUCCUGGAGGGCUUCAUAUUGAGGGACCAGGGAUUGAUCAACUGGGAUGACCCGGUUUCUAAGUAUAUCCCAGGCUUCGCCUAUAGCCAUCAAACUUGGCAACAACUCAGAAACAACCAGACUGCGACCGAGGAGGACUUUGCCGAACCUAUGACACUCCGCCAGCUUUCGACACACAUGGCCGGAAUUGACCGCGAUUUACCAGACUUCAACUGGGACGCCUGGCCGAGCUCACCGCCGAUCUCUCCUGCACUCACUCCCAAAACGCUCGAGCAGAUUGUGGCUGCAAUCGCAGAAACGCCCCUCGUUAACCCUCUAGAGACCACACCCACAUACUCCAACUCAGGUUACUCGGUGCUCGGAAUGAGCCUUCUUGCUGUCGCCAACAAAGCUGCGGGGACAAACAUGACCUACCCAGAGCUUCUUCAGCGAGAUAUCUUCACUCCUCUCGGAAUGACCGGAAGCUCCUUUGCUGCUACCCCAGAGAAUGCAGCUCGCAUUGCCUAUCCCAAGAAUCCUGCAGAGAUCUAUUGGAACCCCUCUGACAAUCUUAAUCCAGUCGGAGGCCAAUUCUCCUCGGUCGCCGACCUCUCCAGGGCCGUUCAAUCACUUUUGAACCCAUCAAAGCUCAAGUCGAUUCUCUCUCCCGCAACCAAGCGUGAAUGGAUGCGACCCGUUCACGUCUUCCCUGACCACCAAACCGAGUCGGGUAUGGGAUGGGAAAUCUUCAAGUUUGACGACUCGCAUGGACGCGAACAACGCUAUUAUACCAAAUCCGGCGACUUGGCAUUUUCUCAUUCAAUCAUGCUCGUCAAUCCGGAGCUCCAAUAUGGUAUCGUCGUGCUCAACACUGGUGCCUCGGUCGCUCGCACUCUAGGUCUCGAGGUGACGAAGAUUCUCCAGCCCGCAUUCGAAAAGGUCUUAGAGAACCGCGUUGCGGAAAGAUAUGCUGGAUCAUGGAAAGGCGAGAAUGGUGACCAAAUCGACAUCCAGGUCUCGGAUGGGGUGCUUUCCAUCACGAAGUGGACGACCGCUGGAGUCGACUUCUUCAGCAAGUACAAGGCUGCGUGGGCGGACAGGAUUUCUAUGUGGUCCACUGGACGCCUUGACGAGUUCAGGAUCAGCUUUGGAUAUAUUUCACAGCCCACUGGAAACAUAGAGGGAUGCUUUGUCUAUUGGGCAACGAGGGCACCUAUACUCUCGCAUCAUGCGCCGGUUGACCUCUUGUAUUGGGAGGAGCAAGGCGACCAGAGGCAUUGGUUCACGUAUUAUAUUGUUAUAUGUAUUGCAAUAUUCAUCCAAUACGACAUUGAACUCAAACUUCAGUUGUUUGAAUUAGUUGGUCCCAACGACGACAUGAGUUUAUCUAAUGCACCUUCUCGAGUGCUUCGACGGUUGCUUUUUGGUAGAAGGUGUCUGACCAGUCAUGCAACGUCCAGCGCAGGACCGUCGACACCCGAAAUCACAACGAAAACACUCCAAGAUUCUACUCAGAGCUCCGAAGGUUCUCUUUCAUCCACCGAACCGUCUUCGAGUCCAUCAACACAUUAUAAAAUCACCCUUCACCGGUCCGCAAUCGGACUUCCGAAGCGAUAUAGAGAGACCAUCGAGUCUCUUGGGAUUAGGAAACGUGGACAAACAGUCUUUAUGCGGCAUUCGCGGCCCGCGGCAGGCAAAAUCCUUCGUAUAAAGGAACUCGUCAAAGUCGAAAACGUCCCAGAGGACGCGGUGAAAACUCAGCGAGAGAUGCGAGACGAGAGACGAGCUGUUAGAGGGUAUGUCGUCAAGCAGAGAUUUCGACAAGCCGGAGGAGAAAGCGCAGCGUUAUCGUCGACGAGCUGGAUGGACGACUUGUAG